AUGAAGACAACGAGACCGCAACCUCCCACGGCGUCCAAGUCCUACUCCCACACAUACACCUCAGCCGUCUCUCACGCUCGAUCACAAUCGACAAACGCCUCCAAGACCUCGACCAAGUCUUCCUCGCCCGCAGCAUCGCCGCGGGGCCCUCUGGCCGCCGGACAGGCCGUUCCAUCCAAGCUCUCCUCUCCUCCCUCCGCCACGCCCAGACACCUCCUCUCCACGACCCCUAUUGGCCAGGUCACGACGCAGAAUGCCGCCAGGACCCCUUCGCCCAACUAUUUCGGCCUCAAGGUCGAGGCCAGCAUUGAUGCCGACGAGACAGGUGCCAUCCCGAGGGAGAACUGGAGCCCGGCCUCGUCAUCCGUCAAAAGUUUUGGUGCCGUGCUGCCUCAGCAGGUUCCUCUCGACGCCAACCCGGAGUUUGAGGCCUUCCGCCGGCAAGCAGAUGCCAACAGAGGCGGUUCGGGCUUUAAUCUCGGCUCAUCACAUUUCGGCGGCAGCUCGCCGUUCGCUUUGGCCCCAGGCGCAGCACCAGCGAGGCCGCAGCCAUCGCGAUGGCGCACACACGGCAGCGAGACCAGUCCUCACGUGCCGGCGUCUCGCCCCAACAACCACCACGUGGAAAUGGUCAAGGCCCUGGGGCCGCACCCCGAGAAGAUGGACGUCGACACCGAUGCGAAUAGUAUGCGGGACUCGGCCUAUGCUUCCUCGGAUUCCAAACGGAGCUCGGAAGCAAGCAUGAACCCGCCCAGCUUUCUCAACCUGCCGCGCCAUGAGUCGCCUGCACAGAUGGAUUCGUCUCCCGAGAAGCGAUCCGGCCUCUCCAAGGUUGACGACCGCCACCCGCGGCUGUCGAUGAUGCACACCAAAGCCGACCCACCGUCGCCAGACCCACAGCGAUCGUUUCAGGGCCGCGCUGCCACGUUACCAGCAGGGCCGGACCAGUCUGUCUCGGGAAUGAUUCCACCAACUGAACUCAAGGCCAUGCUGGACGCCAAGGACAAGAACGAAGUUCUGCUUCUCGACCUCCGCGUGUCUCCUCAGUAUGCCCAGGCCCGCAUCAAGGGCGCGCUCAAUCUGUGCAUCCCGACCACACUGUUGAAGCGUGCUACCUUUAAUCUGCAGAAAUUAGCGCAGACGUUUCAGGGAGAUGCCGACAAGGAAGUAUUUGGGCGGUGGCCAGACACCAAGCACAUUGUCGUGUAUGACGCAUUCUCUUCUGAGAAGCGCGAUGCUGUAUCUGCCAUGAAUACCAUCAAGAAGUUCACGAAUGAGGGCUACAAGGGAACCUGCCAUAUCCUCCGAGGGGGCUUCAAGGCCUUUGCAGCAGCCUUCCCGGACUUGAUCGAGUAUGGUAACAUGGCAGAGCAGAAACCCGGUCGGCCAACGCUUUCUCUGCCUGGUGCUGCACCAAGCAUUGCCCCAGUCGUGGGCGGGGUCAUGCUCCCGACCGCGGGUAUCACUUCUAAUGCCUUCUUCGCAAACAUACGACAGAAUCAAGACCUUGUCGAUGGUGUUGGGCAGAUGGACAUCAACGUGCCCCGAGGAACUGAUAUGGAGGCCCUGCCGCGGUGGCUGCAAGAGGCUGCGAGCGUCGAGGAUCACGGCAAGCAGGUCAGUGACAAGUUUCUGGGCAUUGAGCGGGACGAGCAGGCCAGAAUGAAGGUCGCAUAUUCCUACAUCAACCCUGCGUCGGUCGCCAAGGAGGUCAAGGACGCGGCUCCCAGAGUGCAGCUCAGUGGUAUCGAGAAGGGGGUCAAGAACCGCUACAAAGACAUUCUCCCCUUUGACCACGCCAGAGUCAAACUGGAGGGCAAGCCCGAGGGCACGUGCGACUAUGUGAACGCAAGUCACGUCCAGGCAUCCAGAAGUCACAAGAAAUAUAUUGCCAGCCAGGGCCCACUGCCGGCAACUUUCGAGGAUUUCUGGUCUGUCAUAUGGGAUCAAGACGUGCGCGUCAUUGUGAUGCUCACGGCGGAGUCAGAGGGUGGUCAGUUGAAAUGUCACGCCUACUGGAAAGACCGGGAGUUUGGCCCCAUCAAACUGCGGGCAUUGUCAGAGAAGAAGGUGUCGCUCGACAUCGACAAGCAAGGCUCGCACUCGGCUGCGGAUUCUGAGGAUACCCACUCGUCUUCGACUGCUGCAGCCCAGCAGCAGGAAGAUGCCUUUGGGUUCGGUGCUGCGAUGGCCGCCGCGGAUCCGGGCCGAAGACGCGCCAACACAACCACAACAUUGGAAACGAAUCAGCAGACCCAAGCACAGACCAAGCCCAAGGCAGGGAGCAGCAGCGACACACCGUUCGUGGUCAUCCGCAAGUUUGCGCUGUCACACGCUGCACACCCUUUUGCUCCUAUACGAGAGAUCACCCAGCUUCACUACCCUUCUUGGCCGGAUUUUGGUACUCCAGCACAGCCUAGCCACCUUCUGGCGCUUGUCGAACUUGCCAACAUGAUGCAACGGUCCAAUCUGCCCAUCGACGUCCCUGGGGCCAUUUCCUCAAGACACGGCUCCUUGUCGGAGAAGUCGCCCAAGGAGAGACCAGCCCCUAGUCCCAAGAAGCGCAGUCGGAGUCGGGCCUCUAGCAACUUGCCCUUGGCAUGGUGGGAAGAACCAGAAUCUGACCAGGCCGUGCACCCGAUGCUCGUCCACUGCUCCGCCGGAUGUGGUCGGACGGGCACCUUCUGCACUGUCGACAGUGUAAUCGACAUGCUUAAGAGACAGAGGAUACGCAAUAUUCGAAAGGCGAAUGACAACAUUGAGAGGAAACUUCGAGGCCACAAGCAUCAAGCGCAAUGCAGAAGCGACUCCGAUGCUAAUGUCGCCAUGGCCGGCCUUUCCUUCGGCGCCCCCUUCCAGAUCCGAGGCCGCAAGAUGUCACGCAACAAUCCAGUUGAAGAUGCACUCAGUCCAAGUACAAAGUCGCCUGGGUCGCCGGCCUUCCCCGUCACCACGACGUCGAUGUCCAUCUCCGAGUCGCCCUCGCCCUCUUGCUCGUCAUCCGACGACGAUGACGACCCGAAGCUCGACACAUCUUGGAUCGACGACGACACUAUAGAUCUCAUCUCCGCUACCGUCCACGACUUUCGAGGCCAGCGAUUGUCCAUGGUACAGACUCUUCGGCAGUUUGUCCUCUGCUACGAGACCGUCAUUGAGUGGGUCUGGCGGCUGCAAGAACGCGGCGGCCCGGCCGGCAGUGGCGUUGGCGCCCCGGGCACUGGAGCUAGUGGCACCGCUGCGAUGAGGGCCCGCGGGAGAAGCGGGACUGUUGCUCAUGUCGGCGAUUUAUCAAAGUAG